GUUUGGCUACUCACCACGAAACGCAACCGGCUUCAGCAAUACACGUCAACUUGGAAAAUAAAUAAAAGAAAAACUAAUAAAAAUAUUCAAUUGGAAAAAAUGAGUGACAAAGUCGAGGAGAUGGGACGUAGGCUCCAGGAGAAGUCCACCAAGGAGGAAUAUUUCGCCAGCCUUGCAGAGUGGGCUAAACAGGCAGCGAUUGCUCAGAAUGCGAUGAUGAUGUUUCCGUACUACCUUAUGGCCAACUAUCCGACUAUGUUCCAAGGACAAGUAGCUUCCGCAGGCUUCCAAUCAGCCACCUUUAGACAGCCCCAUCCUGCAACUUCGUCUCCCCCAUCGGUUCAGGGAGCAGGAGCGGCUGCCCCAGUAGGCACUGCCGCACCUGCUCCAGCGGCAGUGCGAGACUUCAGUAACCUGCGAGUCUUGGACGAGGCAGCACAGUUGGAAACCAUACAGCGAUUAGGCGGUUACGAGUAUGUAGUGGCACCCUUCUGGAAGAGAGCUGUAGCAGAGACCAUCGACAUGCUCAUCCUUUUUGUCCUAAAGAUCAUCGUAACAUUUGGUGUAGUCAAUCUAUUUGACAUGGACUUUGAUAAAGAUGUUAUACGACGCACCCUCGACGAAGACGACCUGUUUGUGAACUUCUUCGAUAUCUCGCUGGACUUCAUUUCUAUGUCCACUGAAUUGCUGGUCAUCGAAAUGCUAACAAAGCUCACAGUCUGCUUCUAUGAGGCGUUGUGGACGUAUUUUUAUAAUGGGGCUACACCGGGCAAAUCCCUGAUGAAGAUACGAAUACACUAUGUGGAAGCGGUAAUGCCGCUUCAGGCACCUGCCCUUCCGCAGUUCGUUCUCCAGCCGCAGAGGGAACCGAUGAGGGCCCUUCUCUAUCCGGCCCAGACUCCCUCACUGAUUCGUUCAUUCAGCCGCGCUUUGGCUAAGAAUAUUUUAAUGACACUGCUUUUUCCCAUUUGUGUCGUGAUGAUCUUCUUCAAGAACAAUCGCACCGCCUAUGACAUCAUGACAAAGACUAUAGUGGUAGAGACCAAUUCCAACGCAGUAUUCCGCACCCAAGUGCCACCACAGCGCAACCGCUGAGCACGUGUCUUUAACCAGCCAAAGUGUUUAGGAAUUGCGCUCUCUUCCCUAUGCAUAUAUAAAUAGAUCUUAUUGUUAAAACUAAAUUUAAUGUCGUGUACGAUGUCCUGUGAAAUAAAACGUUAUAAAGUUUGAAAAAUCA